AGUUAUAUUCCUUCCCAACAUUCUUUCUUCUAUUUAUAUAUCUAUUCUUGGUUUUCUCUUUGAAAAUCUCGUCUACCUUUUCGAUGAAUUUCUUGUGCAUUAGGAGCCUGUCUAUUUUGAGUUUCUUUUUUUUUCUCUCUGUCUCUUUAUAUGAUUGCCUCUGGGUGAUUUGUCUAUAUUGCAUGAGAAUCAUUUCGUUUCUUCGACUCUUCUUCUUCUUCUUGUGGAGACUUUAUCUAUGUGUGUGGGUCUGCCUUGUCAGGCCUUGUUGUGUUCUGUUCAUAACUCUUAUCUUUAGAGCAUUUCGGCAUUGGAGCGAUGGAGUCGGUUGGUUCAUGUCAGCAGAGACGAAAUGACUACAGCUGUUGUUCGUUUAUGACAUUGAUAAUGACAUUGCCAAUAAUGAAAACUUGAAGUAUGCAGUCACAUUCUACAGGCUAGCGCUAUUAAUCUGGACAAUAGAGACAACCCCGUCGAUGAAGGCGCGUCUUGCAUA